AUGGAUCGACCACCUUUGCCAGGAAUGGGAUACCCUUCCCAAAAUGCUGCUCUUCACGGGCUUCCUUCCCGUACAACCUACCGUAGGGGCUUUUCUGAAUCGUCCACCAACGUCGCCAAUGCUCUUCAAGUAGCAGGAGUGUCGGCGUCUGGGAAACAUGUCCACCCGCGUCCCUGUUGUCAUUCAACUACAACUCACUCUCAGUCAUCAUACAAUUGUUCCACAUCCCCUCUCCCAUUUCGCACUGGCACCCAUGCAUUGCCCCCAAGGCCCCAGAAUAAUAGGAGGAUGCAUCCAUAUCUCCGCACCACCAAAGAGAGAACAAGCACCAUUGGCGGCCUGUUUGCUCAUGCCGACCACACCGUGAUACAUGGAGGUAACUUUACCGAUGCAUCAACCAGCCACAUCCACAACAUCACAUACAACACAAACCACUUCAAGUUCAACAGCGCCACAGGAAUGUCCCUCCUCUCGCAGAACAUGGCGCCAGGUGCCAUGCACAACUCCAAGGAAAGGUUCAAUCCACCAAGAUGCGAGGAUGGCACACGGGUUCAGGUUAAACAUGAGGCUAUGCAAUGGAUCCAGGACCCCUUAACACUCGCCAAGGUACUCGCCCUUCUCGCACCUGCGGGUGCUGGGAAAUCAGCCAUCGCCCAAUCCCUCGCUGAGUAUUGCUCAAGCCAGAACAUCCUCGCCGCCUCAUUCUUCUUCUCUCGCAACGACAAGCUGCGGAACAACGACACGCGGUUAAUCGCCACUAUUACGUACCAAGUUGCGCUAAUAAAUGCGGCUGUGAAGCCAUUUAUUUGCGAAGCUGUGGAACGGGACCCCUCCAUUUUCCAGAAGGAUUUGGAGACACAGACUGAGGUUCUAUUGGCAACCCCCUUUCGCUUAGCCAUGGAUGGCUCAGGUCCUGGUCGGAACUUUGAUCCGAAGUGGCCAAGCCUCGUCCUGUUGGAAGCGUUGGAUGAGUGCAAGGGGGAGGAGAAACAGAGGGCCGUUUUGCAGGCUUUCAGGAGGAAGAUUGUCGAUGCAAAUAUUCCCCUGAGAAUCCUGGUGACAUCCCGUCCCGAAUUUGCAGCUCGUUCGGGCUUCGAAGCAUCCGGACCCCUCUGCGGGGUUACCACCCUCAUCAAUCUGGAUGCAAAAUACAAACCAUCCAGGGAUAUAUGGCUCUACUUGCAGCGUCAAUUCCGACACAUAGCGACCAACAGCAAUGACCCCAGAAUCACCCCCUCGACCUGGCCACCACCUUCAGACAUCGAGACUUUAGUCGAGCGAGCGAACGGGCAAUUUAUCUACGGAUCCACCGCUAUCAAGUUUGUUUCCGAACGGCACUCGUCUGCUUUCGAUCGACUGAAAAUCAUCAUCCGGGGAACAGCAGGAACCAUUGGGACUGAAAACCCAUUCGCAUCACUCGACGACCUUUACGUGGAGAUUCUGACCAACGCCCAAAGCGCUCGACCACGGACGGGCUUGGCGGACAACAGAUUGGAACUCGUCCGGCUCAUCCAGAAGCUCGCGUUCUUCGAGGACUAUCCUAUCGAUACGCUAGAGGACCUCUUCAUGAUGCGCCCGGGGACUAUCGAGCAGAUGCUGUCGGACCUCCAUUCGCUCGUUGGGAUUGAGCGUGUCCCUGGAUAUAGCAAAGUCAAGUUCCACCACCUGUCGUUGUUGGAUUGGCUCGAAGAUCCGGUGCGCGCGAAGGACUUGGGGCUAGCCAGGAAGGCGAGUAAUAUCAUCCUCGAAACUAUUCGGCACUCCGAACAGCAUCAAGUUCGCGACGGCCUGAAGCUGGCCAUUAGCCAUUGGUGCACACUUCUGAAGUGGUCGGACCUCGAGCAUCCCACUUUGUUGGAUGCGAUUGACCAGUUUUAUGAGAACAAGGUUUGGGACAAACUCAUGCAGGGCUUUGAAACCAUUCUCGAAGGAUUUGAGGGCCGCUCUGUCGAGCAGUCGGUCCCCUACGAGCACGUCCAAAGCGAGGUGGAACCGACACUUGGAGGAGAUGCAAGAACUCCUGGCCGUUGUAGCUGCACACGAGGCCCUAGGUUGAUGUGA